AUGUGGAGCACCCCCUCUUCUUCCCCUUCCGCGGCUCUGAGCCCCGCGGAGGCGAAGAUCGUGAGGAAAGACGCGGUUUUUAUCCGUGAGUUCGAGCGCGAGGACCGGGAGGAGGUGCGCCGCAUCUUUUAUGAAGGAAUCAUGGAGAGGAUACCCAACAGUGCAUUCAGGGGGUUUCAGCAGCAGCCCAAAACACAGUUUCUAUACGCUAUGCUGACAGUAAUGUGCUUUGUUGUGACCAAAUCCGUUACGCUGACCUGCUGUACACCCUUCAUUCUAAUGGGAGCACGAUACUACUACAGCAGCAAAGUUAUCCACAACUAUCUGGACCAUGCCCUGCACACGGACAUGGCCGACAUCGAGGCGUACUACAUGAAACCUGCAGGCUCCUGUUUCUGGGUGGCAGUGCUGGAUGGGCACAUUGUGGGCAUUGUAGCAGCGCAAGGCAGAGAGGAGGACAACACAGUAGAGUUGCGUCGCAUGUCUGUGGACUCUCAAUACCGGGGAAAGGGCAUCGCCAAGGCUCUCGGACGGAGGGUGCUGGAGUUUGCCGUUCGGAACAACUACGCCGCAGUGAUUCUGGGCACUACAGCCGUGAAACUGGCUGCCCACAAGCUGUAUGAGUCCUUAGGUUUCCGUCAGACCAGCCAGAGCGAAAAUCACAGGCUGCCUGGGAUGAGCCGCUCGCCCCUGGAAAGGCUCUUCUUUCAGAUCCGCUACAGCCGAUAUCGCCUGCAAAUCCGCGAGGAGUGA